GUGCUCGGGGUCGAGAAGCACUGUAGAGGGGAAACUGGUCUGUGACAGGCUCUCCUUCUGGAUCGUGAGGGUGUGCCCUUCCUCCUUACGUUUGCGGCCUUAUUCCUCAGGCUCCCGUGGUCCUCUUCAGGGUCCUGUCGAGGGACUUCCAAGUCCGAAACCCUUGGGGAGGAACCACGCUUCUGGGAACAUCUAGGUUGUGCCCCGCGUUAGAGGUAUUUGGUUUCUUCGAGCAUUUGUACAAUCAGACAUUUAGAAAUGGCAUCCAAACAAGAAAUAAUGAGUGACCAGCGGUUUAGACGGGUUACAAAGGACCCGAGAUUUUGGGAAAUGCCAGAAAAGGAUCGAAAAGUCAAAAUUGACAAGAGAUUUCGAGCAAUGUUUCAUGACAAAAAGUUCAAGUUGAAUUAUGCUGUGGAUAAAAGAGGACGCCCCAUCAACCAUAGCACUACCGAAGAUUUGAAACGUUUUUACGACCUUUCAGAUUCUGAUUCAGAUCUAUCUGAUGAAGAUAAUAACAAAGCACUGAACCAAAAGAAAGUGAAGAAAAAAAAAACCCAGACUAAAAAUGAAAUAGAGUCAAAAAAUCUAGUUGAGAAAAAGAAAGAAACCAAAAAAAUUAAUCAGAAGGAUUCUGGAAAUAAAACUGAUUUAGAUAACUCUGACAGGAUUCAGAAAAUGAAAACCUCAUAUAAAUCUAAGAAGGCUGAUUCAAAAAUAAGCCCCAAGAAUGAUAGCAAAGAAUUUACACAGAAAGGUACAAAAGGAAAAAAAAACAUUGUUCAACAUCGUACAGACUCAUGUCCAAAAGGAAAACUAAGAACAGUAGAUGUGGACACCUCUGAAAUUGUGAAAUCUCCCAAAGUCAAAUAUUCUGAGACACGAAGAGAAAUACAUUCAGUGGUUCCACUCAUAAGGGAUGAUGAUUAUGAAAACUCAUUGGGUGGUAAAAUGUUUGACAGAGAUGCUCUGGAGGAAGAUUCAGGAAGUGCUAGUGAAACAGAAGAUGAUGAAGAAUCUGAAGAUGGGAUUAUAAGCACUUGUGGAGCUUCAGCUACUGCUGAUGAUGAUGGAAAUGAAAAUGAUAGGGAGGAGGAUGAAGACGAGGAGAGUGAGGAGGAGGAUGAAAGUGACAGUGGCCCUGAUCUUGCAAGGGGCAAAGGAAAUAUAGAAACUAGUUCUGAAGAUGAAGAAGAUAUGGCAGAUUUACUGCCAGAGGAAUCUGGAUUUGAGCAUGCUUGGAGAGAAUUAGAUAAAGAUGCUCCUCGGACUGAUGAGAUUACACAUCGAUUAGCAGUUUGCAACAUGGACUGGGAUAGACUAAAGGCAAAAGACUUGCUGGCUCUGUUCAAUUCAUUUAAACCUAAAGGAGGUGUGAUAUUUUCUGUAAAGAUAUAUCCUUCGGAAUUUGGAAAGGAAAGGAUGAAGGAAGAGCAAUUUCAAGGACCAGUAGAGUUAUUAAGUAUUCCUGAAGAUGCUCCUGAAAAGGACUGGACCUCUAGAGAAAAAUUGAGAGAUUAUCAGUUCAAACGACUGAAGUACUAUUAUGCAAUAGUAGACUGUGAUUCUCCUGAAACAGCUAGUAAAAUUUAUGAGGAUUGUGAUGGCCUGGAAUUUGAAAGUAGUUGUUCGUUUAUAGAUCUAAGGUUUAUACCAGAUGAUACUACUUUUGAUGAAGAGCCCAAGGACGUAGCCUCAGAAGUAGAUUUAACAGCAUAUAAACCAAAAUAUUUCACAUCUGCUGCAAUGGGAACAUCAACGGUGGAGAUCACUUGGGAUGAGACUGAUCAUGACAGAAUCACAAUACUCAACAGGAAGUUUAAGAAGGAAGAGCUUUUGGACAUGGAUUUUCAAGCCUACUUAGCUUCCUCUAGUGAAGAUGAAGAAGAGAUGGAAGAAGAGCUACAAGGUGAUGAUGGAGUCAUUGUAGAAAACAAUGGGAAGACAAAGAAAAGUCAGAAGGAUGAUGACGAACAAAUUGCUAAAUACAGGCAGCUCUUGCAAGGUAUUCAAGAAAAAGAAAAGAAAGGCAAAGAAAAUGAUAUGGAAAUGGAAAUUAAGUGGGUUCCAGGUCUUAAAGAAAGUGCAGAAGAGAUGGUCAAAAACAAAUUGGAAGGAAAGGAUAAACUGACCCCUUGGGAACAGUUUUUAGAGAAGAAGAAAGAGAAAAAAAGACUGAAAAAGAAACAGAAGGCUCUUGUUGAAGACACCAGUGAAGAUGAACUUCCUCCUGAUGUUGAUUUAAGUGACCCAUAUUUUGCUGAAGAAGUUAAAAAAAUGGGUAUAAAAGAAAAGAAAAAACCAAUGAACUCUGCAAAAGAUAGCACAUCUCCAGAGGAAGAAGCUGAAAUUGAAAAACAAAAGGCUGAAAUGGCUUUGCUCAUGAUGGAUGAGGAGGAAGAAAGCAAAAAACACUUCAAUUACAACAAGAUUGUGGAACACCAAAAUCUGAGCAAAAAGAAGAAAAAACAGCUUAUGAAAAAGAAGGAAUUAUUAGAGGAUGACUUUGAGGUAAAUGUUAAGGAUACACGGUUUCAGGCAAUGUAUACUUCCCACUUGUUCAAUUUGGAUCCUUCAGAUCCUAAUUUCAAGAAAACAAAAGCUAUGGAAAAAAUUCUUGAGGAGAAAGCCCGGCAGAGAGAACAAAAAGAACAAGAACUUACUCAGGCAAUAAAGAAAAAAGAAAGUGAAAUUCAAAAGGAGUCACAAAAGAGGUCCAUAGAUCCUGCCUUGUCAAUGUUGAUUAAAUCUAUAAAAAACAAAACAGAGCAGUUUCAAGAAAGAAAAAAACAAAAAGUCAAAUAGCUGUAUGUUGUUUCUUUUUGGAUUGAGGAUGUGUUUUCCUAACAUACGUGGAAGUGUUAGGAAGAAUUGGCAACAAAGCUACCUUUCAAGAAUAUGAAUAAAUCUUACUCUGAUAAUUGUCACUCUCUCUCCAUAUAUAACAGUUAGACCUAAUUGUGGAUGAUUGACAGGUUUGCACUAUGUAUCCACAGUUUACAAUUAAUUCAAUUGAUCUGAAUAAGAUUUAUAAGUUUUUAUAUGUUUUAUGAAAUUAGUUCAUACUAAUAGAAAUCACUCUGUUGGCUUAUAUUUAAGAGUGUUUACAAUUCUAUGUAAAAAAUAGAGAAGUGCCCAGUCUCAGGUCUGAGUAAGAGUUAGGAACAAUUUGAAAAUAUAUAUGUAAUAGAUUAAUUUCUCUAGAAGCAGAAGGCAGGUUUAGCUAUCUAUUUAAAUAAUCUAUUUUUCUUGCCAUAACUGAUCAAAAUCAUAACUUUCUUUGUUGUUCAGUCAUGUUUGUUACCAUUUGUUUAUGAAAUUAGUUUGUAAAUAAAAGUGUAAAAUAUUUU